AUGCGCGAGAUUGUUCACAUACAGGCAGGUCAAUGCGGGAAUCAAAUCGGUGCAAAAUUUUGGGAAGUAAUAUCUGAUGAGCAUGGUAUUGAUCCUACUGGAAUGUAUAAUGGUGAUUCUGAUUUACAAUUAGAAAGAAUUAAUGUCUAUUACAAUGAGGCCAGCGGUGGGAAACAUGUACCUAGGGCUGUUUUGGUUGAUUUAGAACCUGGAACGAUGGAUUCAGUAAGAGCAGGACCGAUUGGGCAACUAUUUCGUCCUGAUAAUUUUGUAUUUGGUCAAAGUGGUGCAGGAAAUAACUGGGCUAAAGGACAUUAUACAGAAGGGGCUGAAUUAGUUGAUAAUGUUUUGGAUGUACCCUAUAACGCAACAUUAUCCGUACACCAAUUAGUUGAAAAUACAGAUGAGACAUUUUGUAUCGAUAAUGAAGCUCUUUAUGAUAUAUGCUUCAGAACUUUGAAACUUACAACUCCAACAUAUGGAGAUCUUAACCAUUUAGUGAGCAUGACAAUGUCUGGUAUGUUUUUGCCAUCUUUUAAAUUUCAAAGCUUAAAAGGUGUAACAACUUGCCUACGUUUUCCGGGACAAUUAAAUGCGGAUCUAAGAAAAUUAGCAACAAACAUGGUACCGUUUCCUAGACUUCAUUUCUUUAUGCCUGGAUUUGCUCCACUGACGUCAAGAGGAAGUCAGAAUUAUAGGGCUUUGACUGUGCCAGAAUUGACACAACAAAUGUUUGAUGCUAAGAAUAUGAUGGCAGCUUGUGAUCCACGUCACGGAUAUCUAACAGUCGCAGCAAUAUUUCGAGGUCGAAUGAGUAUGAAAGAAGUUGAUGAACAAAUGUUAAAUGUUCAAAACAAAAAUUCUUCAUAUUUUGUUGAAUGGAUUCCUAAUAAUGUAAAGACUGCUGUUUGUGAUAUUCCUCCAAGAGGUGUUAAGAUGGCUGCUACUUUUAUUGGAAACUCUACUGCUAUUCAGGAAUUGUUUAAGCGAAUAUCUGAACAAUUUACUUCUAUGUUCAGACGCAAAGCUUUUCUUCAUUGGUACACAGGCGAAGGAAUGGAUGAAAUGGAAUUUACUGAAGCUGAAUCUAAUAUGAAUGAUUUAGUUUCGGAAUAUCAGCAAUACCAGGAUGCCACUGCUGAUGAUGAAGGAGAAUUUGAAGAACAUGAAGAGCCGGAGCAUGAUAUUGAAUAG